UGUAUUCGCAGAGUGAACAGCGAGGAGACAGUUUGUGGGCGGAGGAGACCCCUGAACCACAAAACCUUCUUCCUCAUCUCGACUCGCACUUCCACCUCUCUGCAUCUUCCUCAGCAGCUCACCGCAGAUGGACAAAUCCUCCCUCGCGAAGUCAGCGGUUGCAAGAGCUGCUCUGGCUGCUGAACUGCUGCGGCCAAACUUAUCAACACCGCCAGUCAGACCCGAGGCCCUGCGUGAGCUCCAUUCCGCCAUCGACGCUGCGAUAUAUCAAUGCUCGCCCGGUAAUAUUCAGCGAGCGCGCAGGAUAGUUAUCCAAACCAUGGCGUCGACACCCGCGCGCAUCACUGCCCUCGGCAAAUACCUCUGCUCGCUCUCGCCCACCACCCGCACCCGCCACGCCCGCACAUACAUCCUCUACCUCCUCAGCGACAUCCUGCACCACUCGCGCUCCUCCGACACUUUCAAAUCCGGCAUGAUGCCAUUCCUCCCGCUUCUGGUCGCACACGCGUGGAGUUAUCACCGCACGCGCGCCGCGGUCGAGGAUCUCGUCGCGCUCUGGGAGGAGACCGGGUAUUUCCACUCUCUCUACGCAGAGAGUCUGAUCGACCAGGCCACGAUCGAGCAGCUACUUCUUCCAUCUUCUUCUUCUGCUACUGCGAUCAGCAGCCACCAUCGCGACGUCGCGCUCGACAGUUCCGCGCAGCAGACCGCGGAAGCAGAGGCGGUUCCUGCCGUGCUUGGCGACGAAGCAGCUGCCUACUACGAUCUCCCCGCGUCCACGAUGCUCGACUUUGUAAACCCCUCCGAUCCCAUCAUUCCGCCGGACAAGAUCGGUCCGGUAAAAUUACAUCUCGAUCCCAGCGGCACGAAGUUCCCACAGCACGUGCUCGACGCGGUAGAUCGGUUCUAUAGGGCGCUGGAGCGCAGUAAUGGCAGGUUUCGCGAGCCGGACGAGGACGCGAGCGAUGGUGGUGACGAGGAGGAUGAGUUUAUGUACGAAGGCUGGACGAUCAAGUUUUACGACCAGAUCAAACAGGAGAGUGAACGCGUUGCCCGCGCGCGCGAAGAACGACAGGCCAGAGGACGACGGGGCAGACUGUCGCCCUACAACGCCAACGACGACGACAGCAGACGGUCGCGAUCUUACUCUCCAUACACCCCUCGCAGCGCAAGUCGUAGCAGGUCCAGGUCUCCCAGUCCACGACUCGCAUCCCGCUUCCACGACCACGAGAGGGUCGACAAUAUCAGAUCUGACGAUCACGAAGCGCCCCAGCAGUUCUACCAUCAGUUCUACCAUCCUCCAUCAGCACCAACCAUUCCUCCUCCUCCUCCGCCGAACUUCCUCCCGCCACCAUCGCAGAAUCCUCCGUGGAUGCGACGAUGAUCAAUUGAUAUAAUUAGAACAGAUAAAACGAAUGAUAGACAAAAGCACGGCAGUAGAUGCAGCACCAGGAUAAUCCGAUGCGGCUGAGACUGAGCCGCUCG